AGAGCUUACUAUUCUCCAACUCGAACCACAAUAACUACGCAUUGAGCAACAACUUUAGCUUGCCCACAGACCGAGCACUUUUCAACGAAAGUUCUCAUUUGUACCCACCGCGUUUCAAAACAGACUGGAUGAAUGUUGAAGUCAGCCUCGGCAGGAACAACCACCUGCCCAACUCUCCAUUCAAGAGGUACCAUGGUUCUAUCCUUGCCUUGCGCCGUCGCUAUCCUUACCUCAAUACCUCCCUCUAUCACCCCAUCUUCCUCUGUUGCACCAAUCUCUACAUCCCUUGCCUCCGCUACUUCAAGUCCUCAAGCCGUGGUAACCGAAAUAUUCACUGUGACUGCAACGGUGACCGAAGCACCAUCCACCGUCACCCUUUCUGAACCUGCCCAAACUGUUACUGAAGUAAUCACAGUGCCGCCGAGUUCUGCCACUCCAUACACUCAGACCACCUGGUCUGCACCUGGUCAGAUAUCGGACCUGAAGAUAUUCAAUAUAUCGUCCUUCGCGUACGGACAAACCAACUUGCGUGUGGUUGACGGCAUCCCAGCUACAGCGAGUGCAAGUGGCAUUACCGCUGCAGCAGAACCAGAAGGAACACCUACUACGUCUAAUAUACCCAUCUGGGAUAAUUCCAGCUCUGUCCUAGAACUACUUUAUCCUGCAAACUCGAUCAACCCUGGAACCGAACCCCAAGGCGGAGCCGAUUUUUAUGCGACACCGCUCGACUUACAUGAUGCCCAGAUAAUCGCAUUGGAAUAUUCUGUCUUCUUUCCGGUCGAUUUCGAUUGGGUACGGGCUGGGAAGCUGCCUGGUGUUUUUGGUGGCCACAAGGGCUGCUCUGGAGGCGAUGAUGCUCAAACGUGCUUCAGUACACGGCUCAUGUGGCGUGAAAACGGCGCAGGAGAGUUGUACUUGUAUGCACCAAAGGACAAGCAAACGGCUAGCCUAUGUUCAACGCCGCCAUUAUCCGUCUGCAAUGCCGACUACGGUCUUUCGAUAGGCCGCGGGUCUUUCUCCUUCACACCUGGUGCCUGGACCCAUGUCAAACAAACAAUUUCAUUGAAUACACCCGGGCAACAAAAUGGCGGUUUCCAACUGCAUGUCAACGGUAAUCAGGCUAUGCAGCUUUCGGACGUCUAUUACAGAGAUGACUUCCAGCCUGCAUCACCAAUUUCGGAUCCAUUACCCGACCUCGAUGACGCUCCGGCUCCCCCACUUGUGCCGGACACACCUGUUUCUCCGCCAUCUCCCUCUAUACCUGAGGAUCCUGAGCCUGAGCCAACGGAUUCUGGAGGCGGUCUUCUGGGAGGUCUUCUAGGUGGCUUGGGGGGUCUUCUAUAUCGAGUGACAAACUCUCCGGCUAACCAAUUUCUGAGACUGCGGGACGAAAUCAGCAGCGUGUAUUUUAUGCCGGGGACCCCAGCUGAGGAGGAGGUUCAGCCAACUUUUCCUUCCGAUGAUCAACCUACCACUAUCACAACCACUUUUACCCAGACUGUAACGACUCCUGCAGAGUCUCCUACGAUGAUAUUUUAUGAAUCAUACGUUCCUCAAUAUUCUGGAGAGUCAUAUGGAUUCGUACAUUCUUCAAAGCCAGCUGGGUUUAUAGGACUGUUCUUCAGCACCUUUUUUGGCGGUCACGACGCACGAUAUGCAACACCACGAGACCAAUAUGCUUGGUUCAAGGACUUCGCGAUGUCAUGAAACACUAUCCGUGACGAUUUCGACGACAUACUCGGACGAGUCUUCCCUCGUUAUGACCCCGAGUCCGGUCGGCACCUCCACUGUAUAAGCACAAUAGUAGCUUUAAGUAAUAUUGAGCGAUUUACAAUGGUUGUGUCAUUCUGACUUGGCGCGAGCAUCUCACUGCCUAAUCGUCUAGUUUGGAAACGAUCACAAAAACGUCCGCCUGCAUGGCUUUCCUGGUUUCUUUGAACGCCGAUGUUGGGAACUGCAAAUCACACUGCAGAAGUGCGCCGCAUGUUGAAACUUGAAGUAGCUCAGAGCCAUUCAGAUAGCUUGAAUGCAUUUUCUCAUGCGGAUCAACAAUUGCGAACUCAAUUGACGACUUCAAGCUCCCUCAGGAACAUCCAACAUUCUCGGGACAGACAAUGCUCGGC